UUUUAGUGUUUAAACACGGACCUACGGGUUGGAUUUACCUAAGGAUCUACAAAGAGUGGCUCACACUGCUACUUAUACAAAGGUCGCCGCAUUCCAUUCAAAUUACAUGAAAUUUCUUUUGUCUCUUCCCCCUUCCGCUGAAACGACAUGGAGGGAGAUUAUCAACACGCUGAGACAUCAGCAGCAGGUGCUAAACGCCAACGACUGAGCCCAGACGCUAGAAAACUCCUAAAAGAUUUUGCCGAACAUGUUUCGAUGUACCCGGAUUCACACCAAAGACAACACUUGCUCGACCAGGUGCGACGCUUGCAUGGGUGUGGACAGGCCGAUGCCAAACAUAUAACCGCGUGGUUUCAACGCUACCGUGCCACCGUAAGGAAGAAUCAAUGCAAAUGAUGAUAUGACGAAUAUCCGUGCGUGUUUUUUCUCCCGAACAUGCGUAUAUGUGCACCCUUGAUUUACGCCAUGAUCUUGCCGA